CUUCCUCGUGUGGCUCCGCUGAGGGUCAUGCAGUGGCUCUGAUCGACGUGAUUAUUUGUAAUUUUCCGGUGUUUUUGCUUGCGGUUCUGUGUGGGUUUCUCUCGUCAUGAUGGGCGGCAGCAGCAGCAGGAUCGCGGCUGGUUUGGGCGCGGCGCUCUUCGUCGGUUACUGCAUUUAUUUCGACAGGAAGAGACGGAGUGACCCGAACUACAAGAACAAACUACGAGAACGAAGAAAAAAGCAGAAGGCAGCUCAGGAGAAAGCUGGAUUAUCAAGGUUACCAGACCUGAAGGACGCAGAGGCGGUUCAGAAGUUUUUCCUGGAGGAGAUUCAGCUGGGUGAAGAGCUGCUGGCUCAGGGAGACUAUGAGAAAGGUGUGGAUCACCUGACGAACGCCAUCGCAGUGUGUGGUCAGCCUCAGCAGCUCCUGCAGGUCCUGCAGCAGACGCUCCCUCCUCCAGUCUUCCAGAUGCUCCUCACCAAACUGCCCACCAUCAGCCAGCGUAUCGUCAGCGCUCAGAGCAUCAGCGACGACGACAUCGAGUAGCAGGAACUCCAGCCGCUGUACGACAUCACUUCCUGUCUGUCCUGAAUCUACAGUCCCGCCCCUUUUCCAUUCACGAACAGCGAACGCACAGAAGCGGAUCUAAAGCAGCAUCUGAGGAGGGGAACAGAAGUGAGAGACAUCAGUUUGGUGAUGGUGUUUCAGUGCGUUUGAAUGACAGAAGACAAGCAUGACCCGCUAACACUCAUCUAUUUGAGUCAUUUGAUUUACUAACAGUGUUGAGUUUUGGAAGUCAUUGAAUAUCGCGAAGGCUUGUAGACGCGAUGUUUACACUGUCUUUAGUCUGUGAUGGGGAAAUGGAGAAGUCAUUUGUCUGUGUUCAUGUAUUUAAGUUAUUUUUAUUGGCUGUGAGACGUCUGAUGUGGUGAAGCACGAUUAAAGGUGCUCGGAGUUUCCUCUUUUUUUAAAAUCCAAAUAAAUCAAUGUCGAAUAA